CGGGGAAGAGGCUUGACUCUGGGCAGGCGAGUCUCUCCAGGUGUUCAGUGUGAGUGUGGAAACUCUAGUGUGUGGUUUAGUGCGAGGAAGGAGCCGGGGUAAGACUUACGGCGGCUGUAGCCUUCACCGCCAUGGCUACAGCGAAGAUGAAGCCGCCUGGCGUUAGUCUUCUCUUAGCAUUAUGUUACAUCUCAGUGGUUUCUGCCCAAAUUAACUUAGGACAAGGACUUCAAAGAGAGAUAUUCUUUCUGAAGUUGGAAGAUGGAUACUUCGGCUGCCAGGUCAACGAGUCGACAGAGGUGCUGCAGCUGUUUGAACUCUCGCGCCUCUGUGACGGCACGCCAAACUGCUUCCUCGGCUCCGACGAAAACUUUAACGAACUGAAGUGCACAAACACCUGCCCGUACACUCAAGGCCACAAGUGCAUUAACGGCGCCUGUCUCGACGGCCUCUGUCACUGCGACGAUGGCUUCGGCGGGUGUGGCUGCGAGUCCCCAGAUGAGAACGAGUGCAAGUACCGUCCCUGUGACGUGUUCGCGAAGUGCACCAACACUCUGGGCUCCUUCACUUGCACCUGCUUCCCGGGUUACGAGGGGGACGGCUUCUCCUGCAUCGACAUUGACGAGUGCCUGGAUCCUGUGCUGGCCAGCAAGUGUGUGGAGAACGCCGAGUGCUGCAACCUUCCUGCCCAUUACACCUGCGAGUGCAGAGAAGGUUUCCUCGGGGACGGGUACACCCAGUGUGUUGACAUAGAUGAAUGUCAGAAGCCUGGUGCAUGUGGCAGCAAUGCACUUUGCACUAACCUGGUGGGAAACUACACUUGCACAUGCCCGGAAGGUUAUUUCGGCAACCCUUACGAUGGGUGUGCUGAUAUGGAUGAAUGCGAACGAGUCGACACUUGCGGGCCCUUUGCCAAGUGUAUCAACCGAGAGGGAGGACAUGACUGUGAGUGCCCCACCGGCUACCGGGGUGACCCGUACUCCCGCAGCGGCUGUCAGGAUAUCGACGAGUGUGAGAAGAGCCCAUGUGCCACUAAUGCCCUUUGUGUGGAUGGCAUCAGCAACUAUACAUGUGCCUGUCCACCUGGAUUUGUUGGUGACCCAUAUGACAUGUAUGGGGCCUGUAAAGAUAUUAACGAGUGCGUCGGCCCGGACGAGAACGAGGUGGAGGUGACGACAAUCCUCCCCCUGGGACGGCCAUCCAACUGGUCCUUCCCAUGCGGCACAGCAGCCACUUGCAUGAACACCCAUGGCUCGUACAAGUGUGUGUGUCCUCCAGGCUUCACUGGCAACCCAGAACAGGCAUGCUCUGACAUCAAUGAGUGUGGGCUGGCCACCACUUGCAGUCCAAACGCCAAGUGCCUCAACGUUCCAGGCUCCUUCAAGUGUUUUUGUCCUCCUGGCUACGAGGGUGACGGAAAGGAAACCUGCAGCAAUGUCGAUGAGUGCCUGACCAAUCCAUGUGGUGCCAAUGCUGUGUGUCUGGACAGUGUGGGCAGUUACUCAUGCCAGUGCCGACCUGACUACACUGGAGAUCCUUACUCUGGCUGUGUGGACAUAGAUGAGUGUGCAGCCUAUGACCGACCAUGUGGCAUCAAUGCUGUCUGCCAGAACACUCAGCCUGGCUACACCUGUGUGUGCCCCCAAGGAUUCAUUCCAAGACCCACUCCUCAGGUGGCAUGCGAACAGGCUGAUGUGAGCAUUUUGUGCCUUUCAAACUUUGACUGUGUGAACAAUGCUGAGUGCUUGGAGGGCCAGUGCUACUGUCGAGAUGGUUUCAAGGCUGUGGGUGCAGUGUGUCAUGAUGAGGACGAGUGCCUGACGUCACCUUGUGGUUCCAAUGCCCAGUGCCAGAACAUUCCAGGAAGCUUUCAGUGUACUUGCAAUGCUGGCUUUCUUGGUAACCCACCAGAGUCUGCCUGUAAAGCUCCAUGUGAAGGUAUCCAGUGUGGCCCAAAUGCCUACUGUAAACCUGAUGGGGUGGAGGCCAUGUGUAUGUGUAAGUCAGGCUGGACCUACGACCCAGUGGAUAUCUCCGCUGGCUGUGUGGAUGUGGAUGAGUGUUCAGCAGGAAACAGACCAUCAGGACAGUGUGGGGACAAUGCUCUUUGCACCAAUACCCCUGGUUCAUUCUCCUGCCAGUGCCCACCAGGCUUCACUGGCAAUCCAAAUGUCAAGUGUCUGGAUAUUAACGAGUGUCUUGGACACCCGUUCCCAUGUGGCAAGAAUGCCAAGUGCAUCAACACCUUGGGCAGCUUUGAGUGCUCCUGCCCUCACCCACUCACCGGAGAUCCCCUCCAGGAAUGUGAUGUGGAUGAGUGUCGGCAACCUGGAACAUGUGGUUUGGGUGCUGUGUGUACCAACACCCCUGGUUCCUACACCUGUGUUUGUCCACCUCACACAGUUGCUGAUCCUGAUCCUUUCACUCAGUGCCUUGAAAUUAUGAAGUGUGAAGAGGAUGAUGAUUGUCCUGGCAAUGCCCUUUGCCUUGUCAAGCAGUGCAUGUGUCCUGACCCAAACAUUGGAGAUGACUGCAGACAUCCUUGUGAAGAUGUGCGUUGCGGUCCUAAUGCUGACUGCAAGUUGAUCAACGGACAGCCUAAAUGCAUAUGUAGCCAAGGCUACAAUGGAAAUCCAAUUGGCGUGUUUGGAUGUACUGAUGUUGAUGAAUGUGCCAAUAAUCCAUGUGGUCCAGGAGCUGUGUGUCGCAAUGAGCCAGGAGCCUUCACCUGCGAGUGUCCCUCAGGUUUUGAAGGCAAUCCAACACGUGAAGGCUGUGUGGCAGUGAAACCUCCUGGCUGUGGACCUACCCAGCCUUGUCCUACAGGGGAGCAAUGUGUGCAAGACAAUUCUGUUGAUAAGAAUGUAUGUGUUUGCCGUCGUGGUUACACACGUGAUCAAGUUACUGGCAGAUGCCAGGACAUAAAUGAGUGUGUGGACAACCGUCAUGUGUGUGGACUUAAUGCUAUUUGCAAAAACCUUCCUGGAUCCUACGACUGUCAGUGUCCACCAGGCUUUGAGGGCAACCCCUUCAGUGUCUGUGAACGCUGUAACACACUGGAGUGCACCUGCUUACCACCAUACCGCAUUGUGGAAGGCAAUUGUGUGCUGGCAAACUGCUCAUUAGGGAACAAAUGCCCUUCUGGGGCUGAGUGUGUCACUAUCCAAGGUGGUCUCAGUUACUGUGCAUGUCCGAAGGGCUUCACUACACUGGCUGAUGGAUCAUGCCAAGACGUGGAUGAGUGCGCUGUCCGUCAGCCUGAUGGGAGUCCACGAUGUGCUCUAAAUGCUGAGUGCUACAAUCUAGUAGGUGGAUAUGAUUGCCGCUGUCCACCAGGAUAUUCUGGCUUCCCAUUCACCUCUGGUUGUUCUGCAUCUAAAAUACAGUGCAAAAGGGAUGAUGACUGUGAGGAAAACAAACGCUGUGUUCAACCAGGCAAAUGUAUCUGUCCUCCACCAUAUUUUAUUGACAGCCAAGACAAUGCCAAGUGUAAGAGUCCAUGUGAGGCUUUCUCCUGUGGCAUCAACAGCAAGUGCACUCCUUCUGAUCCUCCCCAGUGUACCUGCCUGCCAGGCUUUGCAGACAAGGGUCCUGCUGGUUGUGUGGAUAUUGAUGAAUGUCAGGAGAUAAAGUGUGGGCAAAAUGCCAUAUGUAUCAAUGAGAUUGGAAGUUACAAAUGUGAGUGUCCUCCUGGCACUGUGGGAGACCCAUUCCAUGGCACAUGUACUGGUACACAGAUUGCAGAAUGUUAUACAGACAAUGACUGUCCUGGUCACCUUGCUUGCGCACCAGGAGAGAACUGCGUCAAUCCAUGUUAUUCUCUUCCCUGUGGUAAGAAUGCUUAUUGUGAAGCUGAAGACCAUACUGCAUGGUGCCGCUGUUACCCAGGUUAUACUGAGGGACCCAAUGGGGAUUGUGUGUCCAUGUGUGAGGGUUUCCUUUGUGGGCCAAGCUCAACGUGCAUCGUGACCAGUGAUGGUCCAACCUGUAAGUGUGAGGAAGGAUUUAAUGGUAACCCCUUCCCUGGUGGUAGCUGUGUCCCCUCCCAGUGCUCAUCCACCAACCCAUGUGAAGAGCCUCAGGUGUGCAUAAAUGGACGGUGCAAGGAGCGGUGUGAAGGAGUUGUGUGUGGCAUUGGAGCCAAGUGUGACAAAAAUACCAACAAAUGUGUAUGUCUUCCCUUCUUCUUGGGUGAACCUGAUCUGCUCUGUGUUGCACCGGUGACUCCACCUCUCUGUACUCCUAGCUGUGGAGGCAAUGCUCACUGCGAAUAUGGUGAACCAAACCGCUGUGUAUGCAAUGGUGGAUACAGUGGCAAUCCAUACAAGUCCUGCGAGUCAGAAGAUAGCGAGAAGGCAGACUGCUCCAACACUAAGUGUGGCAGCUUUGCUCAGUGUCGCCAGGGGGUGAAUCGUGUAGACUGUGUGUGUCCAGUAGGGUACCAAGGAAACCCCUAUGUGGAAUGCACUGAUGUGGAUGAGUGCAUUGGUAAUGCCUGUGGCAUGAAUGCUAUCUGUCUCAAUACACCAGGGAGCUUUGAUUGUCGAUGCCAAGAAGGUUUUUCUGGCAAUCCAUUUAUCAUGUGCAUGGAAAUAGACAUGAAAGAUGACCCCUGUCUUGUAGACCCUGCAGCUUGUGCCCCACCUGCUUGCUUAGGAGUGGUGUGUGGCCCUAAUGCUGCCUGUGACCGGGGAUCUUGCUUCUGCCGUCCAGGUUUUCAGGGAGAUCCCAAUGACAAGGAAGAAGGCUGCCAGUCAUCUGGAUGCCGCAAUGACCUUGACUGCGAGGAUGAUGAAAUUUGUUUCCCAAAUAACAGACAGCGAACAUGUGAGGAAGCAUGCAAUAGGGUGGAGUGCGGUCCCAAUGCCAUUUGUGUGGCUCAGGAUCAUCGAUCCUCUUGUCUCUGCAAAGAAGGCUAUGGUGGAAAUCCCAAUGAUCCUGCGUCAGGAUGUGCACCAGAAGACCGUGAGGAUGAAUGUGAUGAUGAUGACAACUGUGAUGAUGGCAAAGUGUGCCAGGUAGACCUUCAAGGAAUGCGAGCAUGCAUUGACCCAUGUUUCAGUCACACAUGUGGCCAAAAUGAGGAGUGCUAUGUGAAGGAUGAUCGUCCUCUGUGCCGCUGUGACGAGGGUUACUUGCACAACCCAGUGACUAACCGCUGUCAGAAACCAGCUGUGCCAGAAUGUGAGAGCAAUCGUCAAUGUGCCAUUGAUGCUGCUUGUCAACCUGAUGAACUUGGUAUCUUGAAGUGCAUAGAAGUGUGUCACGACUUCAACUGUCCUGUCCAUUCCACCUGUUAUGCCAGCAACCAUCGCGGAUUAUGCCAGUGCAAGGCAGGCUAUAUUGGUAACCCCAAUGACCGGACUGGGUGUCGACCUAUUCCUCUUGACCAGUGCCAGAAUGAUGCACAAUGUCCACAGACCCACAAGUGUGAGGCUCAGGGAAAUGUUCGUAAGUGUGUUGCUGUGUGUGACACCACGCGUUGUGGACCAGGAGCAGUGUGCAUUGCAAACAAUCAUGCUGCUCAGUGUCAGUGCCCUCCUGGGCUCUUCACAGGUGACCCCAAUGACCUUGAGCAAGGUUGCAGUUCAGUGAGCUGUCUUAUAAAUGAGGACUGUCCCACAGACCAAGCUUGUAACAGACUUGAUUAUACUUGCUUUGAUGUCUGCUUUGAUGCAUGUGGAGAAAAUGCCAUUUGCCUUGCUGAGAAUCAUCGCUAUAAUUGUAAGUGUCCACCAGGUUUCCAGCCACAACCAGUUCCAGACAUUGCAUGUGCAGUAGUGGACCUGUGUGACCCUAAUCCUUGUCAUUCAUCAGCCACAUGCUCCUCCUCUGGUGGCACACACCAGUGUUUGUGUCCUCCUGGCAUGGUGGGUGACCCCUACACCACAGGUUGCCAUCCCAUAGGAAUGUGUCCCAAUGGUGAUGUGGACUGUCAGUUGGACAGUAUUUGUCUCAAUGGCCGCUGUGCUUCUCCAUGUGAUCGUGCAUGUGGUCCAAAUGCUCUUUGUAAUAUUGUCAACAGAAAGCCAAUAUGCACCUGUCCACCACGUUUCCAACCAAAUCCUACUCCAGAAAAUGGAUGUGUCCGUACUACUUUAUCUUGCACCAGUGACUCACAGUGUCAAGGGGGCAUAUGUUUGGCAGGCCAAUGCAGACCAGUGUGUCAAGACAAUGAAGAGUGUGCCCAGGGUGAAAGAUGUAUCAGGAACAAGUGCAUGGUGCCUUGUGUGUCAUCCUCACAGUGUCCCACUGGACAGGCCUGCACUGUUGGAGUAUGUCUUUUAGGCUGCCGCAGCAAUGGUGACUGUCCUUCUGAGCAGGGUUGUGUGAACAACAAAUGUGUUGAUCCAUGCUCAAAGGAAAAUGUAUGUGGACCCAAUGCCAAGUGUAAAGUCCAGAACCAGCGUGCCUCAUGCUACUGCCCUGUUGAUUUCAAAGCUGUACCCACCCCAGAACAAGGCUGCAUUCGUGUGCCAAGCUCCUGUGUCUCCAACAACGACUGUGGCCCUAGCAUGGUGUGUGAAGUGGGAAAGUGCUACCCUAUCUGUCAACAAGACAACCAGUGUGCUCAGGGUGAACACUGUGGAGAAAUUUGCAAAAGGGUUUGUUUUGGUGAUAGCAACUGUCUGCAAGGAGAGGUAUGCAUCGAAGGCUCAUGUAUACCAGGAUGCCGAAGCAAUACCGACUGUCGCAUUCAUGAAGUCUGCAUCUCAAAAAAAUGUAUGUGUGACAAAGGAUUCCUCCCAGGCCAGAAUGGCUGUGUUGAUAUUGAUGAAUGUCAAGAGAAUCCAUGUCAUUCAACUGCUUCUUGCAUUAAUUUACUGGGCUCAUACAAGUGUACAUGUCCCGCCUUCACUGUGGGUGACCCCUAUAUAGCCCCAGGCUGUGUCAAGCCAAACACCUGUGUUGAUGAUAGCACAUGCCAGGGUGACCAAGCAUGUGAAGAAACUGAAAAUGGAAUACUGGAAUGCAUUGAUCCAUGUGCUUCUGCUGUGUGUGGAAAUAAUGCAAGAUGCAAGGUGGUGGAUCGCAAGCCUUUGUGUGAGUGUGUUCCCGGCCACUAUGGGGAUCCUAAUGAUCUUACUGUGGGCUGUGUUAAAGGAGAAUGUAUUGAAGACAAGGACUGCUCCAGCAACAAGCUUUGUGACACCCUCAACUAUAAGUGUAUUAAUCCUUGUGACAACACUAACUGUAGAUUUGGCCGUUGUCAAACUGUGGACCAUGCUGCCAUCUGUUACUGUGAACGAGGAUUUGAGAGGGAUGCAACAGGAGCAUGUGUCGACAUGGAUGAAUGCCAUGAUGCACCAUGCCACCGCUCAGCUCUGUGUCGCAAUUCUCUAGGAAGUUACUCUUGUGUGUGUCCUGAAGGCCAAGUAGGUGACCCUGUGGUAUCUGGCUGCCGCACACCAGGGCAAUGUUUAGAUGAUUCUUAUUGCCCUGAAACAGCUACAUGUGUGGACAACAACUGUUUCGAUCCAUGUAGAAAGCCAGGUGUGUGUGGAAAGGGAGCUGUAUGCCAUACUGAGAAGCACACUGCAACUUGUUCCUGUCCACCCCGCACCACAGGCAACCCUCUCACUGAAUGUGUGCCUCUUGAGUGUCUUGGUCAUGGUGAUUGUGCUGCAGAUAAAUCCUGCAUUGGCAACAAAUGUGUUAAUCCAUGUUCAAUCCCUGGCGUGUGUGGCAAAAAUGCUGGCUGCACCCCUCGUGCCCACCUCCACCAGUGCUACUGUGAAGCCGGCUUCACUGGAGAUCCCAGCCUGGGCUGCACCACAAUCACUUAUUGUGCUAAAGAAACUGACUGUCCUGCUGGAGAACAAUGCAAUGGAGGCAUCUGUGUCCCCUCAUGCACCAGCAACCGUGGCUGUCUGUCUGGUCAGGUUUGCAUUGAUGGCUCAUGUGUACUGACAUGCAGGAACAACAGGGACUGUCCCUCACUCCAGGUUUGUCAGAAUGGUCUAUGUGUUGUAGAGGUGAAAUGCCGGCAGAAUAGUGAAUGUGAAGAGAGCCAGCAGUGCCGUACCAAUGCUGUUGGGCAAGCUGAAUGCAAGGCAGUGUGUGAUGGCCUUGUCCUGUGUGGCCGCAAUGCUGAGUGUGUUGCCAUUAAGCAUCAGCCAGUAUGUCAGUGCCCACAGGGUUAUUUUGGUGACGCUCAAGACGAACGAGUUGGCUGCCUUAAGAUUGAGUGUGAGACAGAUGAAGCAUGUAGCCAGACGGACCGUUGUGACAACUACAUGUGCAAACGUGCAUGUAGUGUAAACAACCAGUGUGGGGAAAAUGCCCUUUGUGUCUCUGAGGGGCACAAGGCAGUGUGCUUCUGUCGUGAAGGAUUCCAAGGAGAUCCUUUGAAAGGAUGCCAACCUAUUGAUUUUUGUGAUGAAAAGCCAUGUGGUUCCGGUGCCAAGUGUUACAACUUCCGUGGCAGCUACAAGUGUUUGUGUCCCCCUGGUACUGUGGGAGAUGCUUACACAGAAGGAUGCAAACCACCUGUGGACUGUCUAGUAGAUGAAGACUGCCCACCUUCUGCUUACUGUGGGGAAGAAGAUAAUGUUCCAAAAUGUAGAGAUGUGUGUGAAAAAUCCCAGUGUGGCCUCAAUGCAGAAUGUCGUGCUGCCAAUCACAUUGCUGUUUGUGCUUGUGUUGAAGGAUAUGAGGGUGAUGCCACUGACCGAGUGACUGGCUGCCGUCCCAAGAAAGUGCCAUGCCAGGGUAACUCUGACUGUCCCCCAAAUACUAUCUGUGAUGGAGGACUUUGCAGACCUCCCUGCCAAAGUGACUCUGAGUGUGGACUGACAGAGGCAUGUGUGCGCGGCCAGUGCACCAACUUAUGUGACGAGGAGCAGCCAUGUGGUCUUAAUGCCAUCUGCAAUAUGGUAAACCACAAGAAGGAAUGCUCAUGCCCACCUGAAUUCACUGGCAAGGCUGAAAUGGAAUGCUACCGAGUUCCUUCAGCUUGCCAGAGAAACAGCGACUGCCCAUCAGGAUUUUUGUGCGAGAACGGCGUGUGCUAUCUCAGCUGUCGUGGUGACAAUAACUGUGCUCAGAAUGAGAAGUGCAUGAGUAACACCUGCAUGUUAACCUGCCGUGUUGACAAUGAUUGCUUCCUUGGUCACAUUUGUCUGAACAAUAUUUGUAUGAUUGGUUGUCGAGCCAAUGAGGACUGCACAACCGACCAAGCUUGUGUCAAGAACCGCUGCUCCAACCCAUGCGGUUCCCUCUCAGUAUGUGGCCCUAAUGCUCACUGCUCAGUCAGCACUCACCGUGCUCAGUGCACUUGUCCUGCUGGCUUUAUUCCCAACCCAACACCCAAUGUUGCCUGUUCCCGAAAGCCCACCUCCUGCAACAUUAAUUCUGACUGUGCCCCAGGCUUUGUGUGCAGCUUAGGUACCUGUAUGGCCAUCUGUUCUUCUUCAUCUAACUGCCUAGAUACUGAGCAGUGUGAUGGAUCAGUGUGUCGUCCUACCUGCCGCCGGGACGACAACUGCCGAUCUGGGGAAAUCUGUAACCAGCUCAUGUGCACAGUGGGCUGCCGCUCAGAUGUUGAGUGUCCCUCUAGCCAAGCUUGUGUUAACAACAAGUGCACUGACCCAUGCAAUUCACCUACUGCCUGUGGUGGCAAUGCUAUUUGUAGGUCAGAAAAUCAUAAUGCAAAAUGCUUCUGUCGUGACAACUUGGUAGGUGACCCCUAUGUUAACUGCCGUCUGCCACCCACCUCUUGCACUGAUGAACCUGACUGCCAAGAGGGAAUGACCUGUUUCUAUGGGACCUGCCGUCCCUUAUGCUCUAAUGAUCAAGGUUGCUUUAACAAUGAACGCUGUGUUGGUGGGGUUUGUAAGGAGAUCUGCUAUUCUGACUCUCAGUGUGAUGAAGGCAAUAUCUGCCGAGGUCGUUUAUGCAUCCUUGGCUGCCGCUCAGAUUCAAGCUGUCCCACUCAGCUGUCUUGCAUGAAUGGGCAGUGUCGUGACCCAUGCCAAGGAGAUGUGGCAUGUGGCAAAUGUGCUAAGUGUGAAGUAGUGGACCACCAACCACAGUGUAGUUGUGCUUCCAAUACAGUGGGCAACCCACUGAUAGCAUGUACCACUCCAAUGCGUCAGUGCUCCUCCAUUACUGAUUGUGGCUUCCGUGGGUCAUGUCAGAGUGGCCUCUGUGUCAAGGCUUGUACUUCCAAUGUUCAGUGUAAUUGUGGGGAGGUCUGCAGCAACAACUAUUGUCGUGCACAAUGCUCCAAACACAGUGACUGCUCUGAAGGUUUCUUGUGUCAUGAGGAUCUCUGUGUUGCUGGCUGCCGUGCUAAUGGAGACUGUCCUCCAACCAAGGGUUGCUACAACAACAAGUGUGAAGAUCCUUGUGAUGUUGAUCCAUGUGGUGCCAACACUCGUUGCCGUGUUUCCAAUCAUCGACCACUUUGUUUCUGCAAGGAUGGUUACCAUGGAGAUCCAAAAGUGAGCUGUGAAGAGUAUGAGUGCAGAACAGAUCAGGAAUGUGACAGGGAUCAGAAAUGUAUGAACCGAGAAUGCAAGCACCUAUGCUCAGAUGAUACAUGUGGCAUUAAUGCUCGUUGUACAGUGUUCAAUCAAGAAGCAAAGUGUUCUUGUCCUCCUGGAUUCUUUGGCAACCCAGUAAUAGAAUGCAAGAAAGAGAUAAAUGAGUGUCUCAACAACCCAUGUGGUCUUAAUGCCCAGUGUGUUAACACUGUUGGCAGCUACCUGUGUACCUGCAAUACUGGUUGUGAAGGAGAUCCAUACCAUCAAGAAGGAUGCAUAUGUAUGCAGGAUCAUGUAGACCCAUGCCAGCGGAUUGGCUGUGGCAUCAAUGCCAAAUGCAGGACCAUUUCUCGCACAGAGGGAGAGUGUCACUGCCCAGACCAUCUUCCAAUUGGUGACCCUCUUAUCAAGUGUUCAGCUGACUGUCGGCAGAAAGGGUGUGGGCUGGCGGCCAGGUGUGUGCGAGAGAGGGAUGGAAGUUACGGGUGUCGGUGCAGCAACUCCUCAUGGACAGGGGAUCCUUAUGUGGAAUGCUACCCAGAUACUUCGUGCACGCUAGACACAGACUGCCCGUCGGCUCUGGCUUGUAUCAGUGGACAAUGUAAAGAUCCAUGCUGGCUGCAGCACCCUUGCGGUAAGCGUGCUCUCUGUGAGACUGUGGCCCAUGUGCCCAAGUGCUCCUGCCCACUGUGCUAUGUGGGACAGCCUGAGGUGGCCUGUGAGCCAGACCCAGCCUGCAGCACACAGUCUUCCACAGAGGCGUCUCAGGUGACCAGUUGUCACCAGGACGGCGACUGUGAUGAACAGAUGGCUUGUGACGAUGCUCAAGCUGUUUGUUAUGAUCCAUGUGCCUCUGAGGCUGCAGUCUGUGAGGCUCACAAGGUGUGUAAAGUCAGGAAGCACAAACCCACAUGUAUAUGCAAAUAUGGCUUCAUUGUGAACUCAGCGGGAGAGUUUGUGUGUGCGACAGGACGGAUCGAGUGUCGCCGGAAUGAGGAGUGCGCCAGCAACCUGGCAUGUGUCGACAACCGCUGCUCCGACCCUUGUGCUGUGGGCCGCCCCUGCCCUCCAAACAAGCAGUGCGACGUUCUCAAUCACCGCCCUGUGUGCAUCUGUAUGAAAGACUGCACACCAUCUAUCACCAUCUGCCUGAGGAAUGAAGGGUGUGCCCCCAAUGAGGCCUGUGUGUCUUACCAGUGUGUGGACCCUUGCAUCUCAUUCGACUGCCCUGGGAACAGACCCUGCUACGUCGAGGAUCACAAGCCAAAGUGUAAAUUCUGCCCCCCAGACUAUACUGGCGACUCUAGCUCUGGCUGCGUCAAAGCAGUGGGAUGUCGAGACAACUCUGAAUGCCCUGCCAGCCAAGCUUGUAUCAAUGAAAAAUGUAUGAACCCUUGCAUGGUACGCAAUCCGUGCAGUGCCAAGCAGGAUUGCAAAGUGGAAAAUCAAAGAGCCACCUGCAUCACUGUUGGGUGUCGCAUAAACACAGACUGUCCCAGUGACUAUGCCUGCUACAACAAAGAAUGCCUCUCACCAUGCAAAGUGAGGAACCCGUGCAAACCAUCUGAACGAUGUGAAAUGCGGGAUCACAUUCCUUUCUGCAUAUCAGGCUUUCUGACACACACAGACACCGAGUGUAGCAGCAACAGUGACUGCCAGCAAGAUGAGGCCUGCUUCUCUGGUCACUGCAAAAAUCCUUGUGUCAUGACGGAUGCUUGUGGGCUCAACGCAGACUGCAGGGCUGUCAACCACAUCCCUCAGUGCUCGUGUCCCCCAAGCUACUCUGGCAAUCCCACCAUCAGGUGUUCUCCCAUGCCAUCACCAGCUUGCAUCUGCAGUGAUAGUGAUGACUGUCCAUCUGGUCUGGUUUGUGAUGGAUGCACCUGCAAGCGGUUAUCCACAGAAGGCAUAACGUGCAGCCCUCCAUGCCGCAAGGGUGAGCUGUGCGACCCAGAGCUCCUUGUUUGUCGCCCAGCUCUGACACCCUCGUCGGGCUGCUCUUCGGACAUAAUGUGCCCAGACAACAUGGUCUGUUACGACCAGAAGUGCAAGGACCCCUGCAACUUGGCCAAUCCUUGUGCUGCCCGGGCAGUAUGCAGCACAAGGGCUCACCGCCCCCAGUGUGUCUGUCUUCCAGGCUACACUGGUGAUCCCUAUACUUUCUGCGGCACUGAUGCUAUCAUCCAAGAGGGAUGCCGUGGUGACAAGGACUGCCCCUCAACACAAGCUUGUAUUAACAUCGAAUGUCGUUAUCCAUGUGAUGAUAAACCAUGUGGCACCAAUGCUGAGUGUAUCAAUAGUGACCACAGUGCCCAGUGUCGGUGCCGCAAUGGAUUCCAAGGUGACCCUCUAAGAGGCUGCUCCCCAGUGGGCUGCUUCACCCAUCAAGACUGUGACCCUGAUGAGGAGUGCUACAGUGGGCAGUGCACCAAUCCCUGCCGACCUGGAAGUAAUCCCUGCCCACCCUCUGCUACAUGCCUCACCCUGACACAUGCUGCCACAUGCAUAUGCCCUGAGGGCUACACUGGUGUGCCUCUGCAAGGAUGCACUCUGCUUUCCACUUGUGGUUUUAACUCAGAAUGUUCAGAAAAUGAAGCUUGUAUUGAUCGGCUUUGUCAGGACCCAUGCAAAGCAACAUCAUGUCCUAAAGGAACACUCUGUAGGGCUACAGACCACCGUCCUAUGUGUUUUUGCCCUGACGGUUAUACAGGAGCACCUGAAGUGGGCUGUUUCCGUACAGAGUGCGACACAAAUAACGAAUGCCCUCCAGGGCAUGUGUGCCAGGAUGGGGCAUGCCAAGACCGUUGCUCAGAGUGUGGACAGGGUGCACUUUGUCACACAGAAAAUGAUUUGAUCAUUUGUCUCUGUCCCUCUGGGUUCACCGGAAAUCCAAGAUUAGGCUGUGACCCAAUCCGUGGCUAUUGCUCCAUGGACAUCGAGUGCCAACUGGAAGAGGCAUGUGUGUCCAAGAAAUGCCGCAAUCCCUGCACCACAGUGCCUCCACCCUGUGGUGUGGGUGCCCGCUGUCGUGUCAUCAAUCAUCGUACCAUCUGUCAAUGCCCUGAUGGGUAUGAGGGAAACCCACAUGACACGUGUAGCCCAGUGAACAUUGUUGGAGUCUGCCAGUACAAUCAGGACUGUGCCACUAAUCUGGCAUGUGACCGUCUGUCUCGCACUUGUAUGGACCCCUGCAGUAGGGACGAAUGUGCCCCCCCAGCUAUCUGCCGCACUAUUGCCCACAAGCCUACCUGCGAGUGUCCUGCUGGAUACAGCGGCAAUCCUAACAUUGAGUGUGUUAUCCUGGAAGAAUGUCGAGACAACAAAGCUUGUCCACCCACACAGGCUUGCAUCAACAAUCAGUGCCAGGAUCCAUGCCAGUGUGGCCACAAUGCUAUAUGUGAAGUAACUGAUCACAGAGCUGUGUGCCGAUGUCCACCAGGCUAUAUGGGUAACCCAAUGAGUGGAUGCUUGGUUCCCUCUAACCCUUGUGACAAUGAUCCUUGUGGUGAAGGUGCCCUCUGUGAGCUGGAUAAUGGCAAUCCUAUUUGUGUGUGUCCUCGGGGCAUGACUGGCAACCCGUUUCAGAAAUGCAUUCUUGAUGGUGAAGAGUGUCACUCCAAUGAGUGUGGCCCAAACUCAGGAUGUCGCCUGGUGAAUGGCAAGACUAUGUGCUUCUGUCUUCCUGAGUUUGUGGGUAGCCCACCAACUGUGCCUUGCAGUCCACCAUUCAACCCUUGCGAACCAUCACCAUGUGGUGCCAACACUCAGUGUAAUGUUGUUAAUGGCUUCUAUCGUUGCACAUGUCUGCCAGGAUAUGUGGGUCAACCCAACACAAUCCGAGGAUGCACACCAGUUGUCAAUCCUUGUGUUCCAUCACCAUGUGGGGAAGGUGCCCUCUGUGAUGAUAGCAGGAGCCCAUACUGCCACUGUCGUCCUGGCCUUGUUGGUGAUCCCUACACUGGCUGCAAAGAACCUCCACCAGUUUGCAGAGCUGGUGUGUGUGGCCAGAAUGCUGAAUGUUUUGUACGUGGUACAAGCCUUGAAUGCCGUUGCCGCCAAGGGUACAAGGGUAAUCCAAAUGAAAUAUGUGUUAUUGAACCUGGCAAUCCAUGUGAACAAUCUCCAUGUGGACCCAAUACCCAGUGUACAAUAAGCAAUAGGAAAACUGCUGUGUGCACAUGCCUUCCUCAUUUCUCAGGAGAUGCAAAUUCAGCUGAUGGCUGUACACCUGAGUGUACAAGUCAUGACGAUUGUAACAGUGAUGAAGCUUGUAUCAACAGUUUCUGCAUCAACCCAUGUCCUGGUGCCUGUGGAAUUGACUCUUUAUGUAAGGCAAUUGCUCACCGACCUGUUUGUGCUUGUCCAAAAGGCUAUGCAGGCAACCCAUACACCCGCUGUGAACAACCACCUGAACCUAUCAUUCCUGGUAAGGUCCCACCAGAUGUUCCAAGCAAUCCUUGUGUUCCUCCCCCAUGUGGAGUUAACACUGAGUGCAAAGUGGAAGGCAGCAAACCUGUAUGUUCGUGCAUCCCAGGCUAUGUUGGAAACCCUAACACCUCCUGCCGUCCAGAAUGUGUCACCAACAUUGACUGUAAUCAUGAUGAAGCUUGUAUUGAUCAAAAAUGCCGUGAUCCAUGUGUUGGCAUAUGUGGUACCAAUGCUCUCUGUGAGGUAAUCAACCACAACCCCAUCUGCUCUUGCCCCAAGGAUUUAACUGGAGAUCCAUUCAGAUUAUGUCUACCAAUAUCCAUCCCACCACCCACAUCUCCAUGUCAACCCAACCCUUGUGGACCCUAUUCGGAAUGUCGCCGAGGUUCAAAUGACCGUGCCAUAUGUUCUUGUCUUCCUGGUUAUUUUGGAAGCCCAUGUAGACCAGAAUGCAUCAUCAAUUCUGACUGUCCUUUGAACAAAGCAUGCAUCAACAAUGAGUGCGUUGAUCCCUGUGAAGGGUCAUGUGGAACCAAUGCUAUCUGCACAGUGGUAUCUCACAAGGCCUCAUGCACAUGCCCAGAUAAUCUCACUGGAAAUCCAUACAGCAGAUGCUCUGAAAGAGUAGUUCCUCAAGAUCCACCACCUCCCUUAAUCUGUGUGCCCUCAUGUGGAGCCAAUGCUGAAUGUAAAGUUGUGGGAAACAAGGGAAUAUGUACCUGUCUGAGUGGAUUCUACGGUCGACCAGAGCUGGGUUGCACACCAGAGUGCUUGACCAACUUAGACUGUGACUUUAACCGUGCUUGCAUCAACCAACAUUGUAUUGAUCCCUGUGUUGGUUCAUGUGGCCUGGGUGCCCAGUGUAAUGUCUACAACCACAAUCCAAUCUGCUCUUGUCCUGACAAUAUGGUUGGCGAUCCCUUCAGAAUCUGCACACCAGCACCACCCCCUCCAAUUUCUAAGUCACCAUGCCAACCAAACCAGUGCGGCAGCAAUGCUCGGUGCACUCCAUCAGGUGACAGCUAUGUAUGCACAUGCCUGCAAGGAUAUGAAGGCGACCCAUACACACAGUGUCGGCCAGAGUGUCUUGUAAGCAGUGACUGUCCACUAACAUUAGCCUGCAUCAGCCAAAGAUGCCGUGAUCCUUGCCCAGGCAGUUGUGGUACCAAUGCCAUAUGCACUGUUAUCAGCCACAAACCAAGGUGUCUGUGUCCAAGAGGAUACUUUGGAGAUGCCUACACCUACUGUCAGCUUCAGCCUCUGCCCACUACUGUGAUACCUGAGGCUGUAGUAGAGCCUUGUGACCGCAACCCUUGUGGGCCAAACACCGUCUGCCGAAAUGAGGGUCAGAUUGCAGUGUGUGAAUGUUAUCCAGAAACCUUUGGUGAUCCCAAUAACCCAACAGGAUGUGUUCCUCAAUGUAUUACCAACUCAGAUUGUGACAUGAAAGAGGCUUGCAUUAACCGUCGUUGCAAAGAUCCAUGCAUUGGUGCCUGUGGCCUUCAAGCUCUCUGUGAUGUGUUAAACCACAACCCUGUCUGUCGUUGCCCUACUGGGUUCAUUGGUAACCCUACCUCUAGGUGUAUUCCAAAGUUGCUGCCUGUGGAUCCAACUGCUGAAGUACCAGACAGAGUCGAGCCAUGUGCUGCUUCUCCAUGUGGUCCAUUUGGCGAGUGCUCACCUCUAGAAGAUGGCCGAGAAAAUUGUGACUGUCCUGUUGGUUAUGUUGGCAACCCAUUUGUAGAAUGCAGACCACAGUGCACAAUCAAUUCAGACUGUACCCUCAAUCUUGCCUGCAUCAAUCAACGUUGUGUAGACCCAUGUCCAGGCAGUUGUGGCAUCAAUGCUGAAUGUCAUGUUCUAAGUCACCAGCCAAACUGUGUGUGUCCACCAGGAUACUCUGGGAAUCCUUACUCAAGCUGCUACCUCUACCCAGAAAUAGUAGAGAUGCCUAAACCAUGUCAGCCAAGCCCAUGUGGACCCAAUGCUGAGUGCCGUGUGGAAGGAUCCAAACCUGUGUGUUCUUGUCUCCCAUCUUACUUAGGAGAACCUCCAAGAUGCCAUCCAGAGUGCUUACUGAAUAGUAACUGUCCUAUGAACAAGGCUUGCAUACGGAAUAAGUGUGUCGACCCCUGUUCAGAUGUGUGUGGUCAAGAUGCUCUCUGUGAAGUAAUCAACCACAGUCCUAUUUGUUACUGCCCCAAGCACUUGACAGGAGAUCCAUUCAUCCACUGUGUUAAACCACCAGAUCCACCACAACCCACAUGUGAAGGAAACCCUUGUGGGCCCAAUGCCAUCUGUCGGGAAGUGGGCGGCUCACGAAGAUGCUCCUGUCUGUCUGGAUUCAUUGGCAAUCCACCAUCCUGUCGGCCUGAGUGUGUGGUGCCAAGCGAGUGCCCUCCACUCCUUGCCUGUUUCAAGUACCGCUGUGUUGAUCCUUGUCGAGGCUCAUGUGGUGUCCAAGCCCAGUGUCAAGUUGUCAACCAUAAUCCAAUCUGCAGUUGUCUCCCAGGCUUUACCGGAGAUCCCUUCAUUCGCUGCACCCCUGCCCCUGUUGUGAUCAUCCCAAAACCACCUAUUGUGCCACCACCUGUAACUACACCCACUGCCACACCACAGCUUCUUCCACCCAUCGCUGAAACAACACUACCUGGUCGGGAUCCACCUAUUGCCCCACAAACAGAAAAGCCAUUUAUCCCUCCAAAACCUGUAACAGAGAUACCUCAGCCACCUGCACCACCUCAUGACCCUUGUAUUCCAAACCCUUGUGGUGCAAAUACUGUUUGCCGCCAACAAGGAUAUCAACAUGUGUGUGAAUGUCUCCCAGGAUAUUUUAAGAAUCCCAUCUUUGGUUGUGGCCCUGAGUGUUUGCUUAAUAGUGAUUGCAAGAGAGGCUUCUCGUGUGUGGGACAAAAAUGUGUUGAUCCUUGUCCAAGAGCCUGUGCACACAAUGCCCAGUGCAGAGUGAUCAACCAUGAUGUCAGAUGCUUCUGUCCAGAGGGCUACACUGGAAAUCCAACAGAAAAAUGUACCCUCAUCCCCAUUGCAAAAUACCCACCAACCUCCACUAUGUCACCAAUCCCUGCACAACCCUGUGAUCCCAAUCCAUGUGGCAUAAAUGCCGAGUGUACAGCUGUUGGCCACCAAGCUGACUGCAACUGUCUCCCAGACUACUAUGGCUAUCCCUACGAUAGAUGCAGCCCAGAAUGCACUUAUGACAGUGACUGUUCUUAUCAUCAGGCCUGCUCAAAAUUGAAGUGCAUUAAUCCUUGUCCAGGCAGCUGUGGUGUGAAGGCCAACUGCAAAGUAGUGAACCAUGCUGCCAUCUGCUCUUGCGAUACUGGCUAUACAGGGGAUCCUUAUCAGGAAUGUCGCAUCAUACAAAUCCAGCAGGAUGUAAACCCAUGUAAUCCAAGUCCCUGUGGACCCAACUCUAAUUGCCGAGUAGUUAAGAAACACCCAGUGUGCGAGUGUCUUCCAGGUUACUACGACAGACCACCUAACUGUCGCCCGCAGUGCAUUAUCAACUCUGAUUGCCCUGAGCUACUGGCAUGCAUUCAUCAAAAGUGCAGUGAUCCUUGUGUGGAUGCAUGUGGUAUUAAUGCCCUGUGUGAGGUGGACAAUCACAAUCCUGUGUGCUACUGCCCCAAUCACCUUACUGGUGAUCCCUUCAGCCGAUGCAUUCCUUUCCCUACUGUCACAACAGAAACAACAAAACCAAGUAAAGAUGACCCCUGUUAUGAAGGAUUUUGUGGUGUGAAUGCUGAAUGUCACAUAGAAGGAUCUCAUGGUAUUUGUACCUGCAUUGAGGGUUACUUUGGUAAUUCUUACAAAAAAUGUGGACCUGAGUGUGUCAUCAAUUCAGAGUGUCCACAAUACCUUGCAUGCAUUAAACAAAAGUGUGUGGAUCCAUGUCUUGGCACAUGUGGAAUAAAUGCUUAUUGUGAGGUGCUUAACCACAAUCCUAUAUGUAGAUGCCCCCGCACCAUGACUGGGGAUCCCUUUGAUCUCUGUGAAGCAAUUAUUGAGCCAUCCAACCCAUGCAACCCAACACCGUGUGGUGCCUACACCAACUGUCGUGUGGUAGCACUCAGGGCUGUGUGUUCCUGUCUCCCAGACUACUUUGGAAAUCCUGACAUUGGCUGUAAACCUGAAUGCACCAUUAAUUCUGACUGCUUCCCAAGAAAGGCAUGCAUGAACAACAAAUGCAAGGAUCCAUGCAUUAAGCAAUGUGGGCAUAGAGCUGUGUGUGAUGUGGUGAGCCACACACCACGCUGUAGUUGUCCAGAUGGUUUCACUGGUGACCCUCUUACAGCUUGUCACCCUAGUCCAGAAAAACCACGUGAUCCUUGUAAUCCUAACCCUUGUGGUGUCAAUGCAAACUGUAGAGCAAUCAACACUCGAGCAGAAUGCACAUGCCCUCCUGGCUACUUUGGCAGUCCACAUGUAGAAUGCAAGCCUGAGUGCAUCAUCAACACAGACUGUCCAAGAUAUCUAGCAUGUGUGCAUCAGAAAUGUAUGGACAUAUGCUCAGAUGCAUGCGGAGUCAAUGCCAAGUGUCGUGUCAUCCACCAUAAGGCUAAGUGCACCUGCUCCCCAGGCUACAUAGGAGACCCACAGGUGGAAUGUCGACUUGAUGCAACUUCUCGACCUUCACCUAUAGCAGAAACUCCUAAACCUAGACCACCUCUACCUCCAAUAGAACAACCAACUCCACCUCCAUCACCACCACCAAUCAUCGUUGGAUGUGAAAGCAAUGACCAUUGUGAAUUUGAUACCACAUGUAUUAAUCGUAUGUGCUUGGAUAUAUGUAAACAAGAUCUCUGUGGUAUACAUGCAACAUGCCAUAUGAUUGGACACCGACCUCAAUGUUCAUGUCCACCAGGAACCACUGGCAAUCCAACAAUCAACUGUAUACCUAUUGGCCCACCAGAAAUACCUUCUACCCUCUCUCCAAUUGCAGAAACACAAAUUCCUCUUGGAGAUAAGCCAUUGAUUCCUGUUGUAGAUAAAACCACCAUACUGCCUCCACUAGUUGAGUAUCCACAAAAAACACCUUCACCACCUAUCAUUGAAACUCCUAUAACGCUGCCAAUUAUUGUACAAAUAGCUAUAGCAUGCAAAAGCAAUGAUGACUGCACAUUAGAUAAUUCAUGCAUCAAUAACCUUUGCUAUGAUGUGUGCAGCCUUGGCAUCUGUGCUAUAGAUUCAGACUGCAGAAUAAAUGACCAUCGACCAGUAUGCACCUGUCCUCCAGGAACUGUGGGAGAUCCAACUCUACAGUGUACAGCAACACUCACUGAGCAACCUACCACACACAUGUCACCUAUAGCAGAUGAAUCACCACUUCCACCAGGUGACCCAAUUAUUCCCAUGGUGGAACCAACAACUCCUGGUGCCCCACCAGUGCCACUGCACCCAGAGCCUCGGCCUCCAGAGCCUCCACUUGUAAGACCACCGCCACCACCAACACCAAAGCCUCUGCCAAUUGGCUGUGAAGCAACUACAGACUGUCCAGGGGACAACUCCUGUGUCAACAAACUUUGCUUGGAUGUUUGUCACCCAGGAUACUGUGGUGAGAAUGCUGACUGCCAUACUAUUGGUCACCGUCCCACAUGUACAUGUCCCCCAGGAACCGUUGGCAACCCAACUAUUAAGUGUUCAGCUCUGCAAGUUGUGACACCAUUACCUCUUCCUCCAAUCAUAGGGGAGUCACUAGAUGUAGAUGACCCAUCCAUUGACCCUAUUGUUGGAUCCACAACUGCACCACCACUUCCUCUGACAGAGCCCACAACACCUACAUCUCCACCACCAACAAUAAUUCGACCACCUCCACCACCAAUUGAUAUAGUGAUCCCAGUGGCAUGUGAAAACAAUGAUGACUGUGAUUCUGGAGACUCUUGCAUCAAUAUGUUGUGCAUUGAUGUUUGUGCCCUUGGUACAUGUGGGGAUGACUCUCAGUGCAGGCCACUGGAUCAUGCACCUGUUUGCCUGUGUCCUUAUGGAACAAGUGGUGACCCACAGGUUGGAUGCACUGCUGUUUCAACGGGAAGAACUAGUACUGUUCCAAGUCCAGUCACUGAAGAGACGGUCAUCAGUGAUGAGCCAGUCUACCCUAUUCCAGGAAUUACAACAUCACCACCACAUCCAGUGACAGAGUUCUCAACACCUCGACCAACACCACCUCCACCAACACGACCGCUACCAGUGAUCACCGAGGCGCCCAAGCCAGUUGGGUGUGAAAGCACCAGCAAAUGUCCCCUUGAUAACAGCUGCAUUAACAAACUUUGUGUGGAUAUCUGUUUCUACACAGCUUGUGGAGAUAAUGCAAACUGCCAGACAGUGGAUCACAGACCCACAUGUAUAUGUCCACCAGGCACAACUGGAAACCCAACACUUAAAUGCAUAGCCAUUAAAACUGAAACACCAACAACUGUUCAUCCAAUAGCUGAGAAACCAGACCGGCCAGAUGAUGAGGAAAUUAUUCCUGAACAAGAAGAAAGCCAACCACUGCCCCCACCUCUUGUUGAAAUAGUAACGGAAAGUCCAGAGCCUCUCCCUCCCCGACCGACACCACCUCCAAUCAUCCCACUAAUUCCCAUUGCCUGUAAGAAUGAUGACGACUGCACUGUGGAUAACUCUUGCAUCAAUCAGUUGUGUUAUGAUGCGUGCAGCCUCGGUCACUGUGCAGCCAAUGCAGACUGUAGAAUAAAUGACCAUCGACCAGUAUGCACCUGUCCUCCAGGAACUGUAGGAGAUCCAACUCAACAGUGUACAGCAACACUCAUAGACCAACCUACCACACACAUGUCACCUAUAGCAGAUGAAUCAUCACUUCCACCAGGUGACCCAAUUAUUCCUGUGGUGGAACCAACAACUCCUGGUGCCCCACCAGUGCCACUGCACCCAGAACCUCGGCCACCAGAGCCUCCACUUGUAAGACCACCGCCACCACCAACGCCAAAGCCUCUGCCAACUGGCUGUGAGGCAACUACAGACUGUCCAGGGGACAACUCCUGUGUCAACAAACUUUGCUUGGAUGUUUGUCACCCAGGCUACUGUGGUGAGAAUGCUGACUGCCACACCAUUGGUCACCGUCCCACAUGUACAUGUCCGCCAGGAACUUCAGGGAACCCAACUAUUAAGUGUUCAGCUCUGCAGGUUGUGACACCAUUACCUCUUCCUCCAAUCAUAGGGGAGUCACCAGAAGUAGAUGACCCAUCCAUUGACCCUAUUGUUGGAUCCACAACUGCACCACCACUUCCUCUGACAGAGCCCACAACACCUACAUCUCCACCACCAACAAUAAUUCGACCACCACCACCACCAAUUGAUAUAGUGAUCCCAGUGGCAUGUGAAAACAAUGAUGACUGUGAUUCUGGAGACUCUUGCAUCAAUAUGUUGUGCAUUGAUGUUUGUGCCCUUGGUACAUGUGGGGAUGACUCUCAGUGCAGGCCACUGGAUCAUGCACCUGUUUGCCUGUGUCCUUAUGGAACAAGUGGUGACCCACAGGUUGGAUGCACUGCUGUUUCAACGGGAAGAACUAGUACUGUUCCAAGUCCAGUCACUGAAGAGACGGUCAUCAGUGAUGAGCCAGUCUACCCUAUUCCAGGAAUUACAACAUCACCACCACAUCCAGUGACAGAGUUCUCAACACCUCGACCAACACCACCUCCACCAACACGACCGCUACCAGUGAUCACCGAGGCCCCCAAGCCAGUCGGGUGUGAAAGCACCAGCAAAUGUCCCCUUGAUAACAGCUGCAUCAACGAACUUUGUGUGGAUAUUUGUUCCUUCACAGCUUGUGGUGAUAAUGCAAACUGCCAGACAGUGGAUCACAGACCCACAUGCACAUGUCCACCAGGUACAACUGGAAACCCAACACUUAAAUGCAUUGCCAUUAAGACUGAAACACCAACAACUGUUCAUCCAAUAGCUGAGAAACCAGACCGGCCAGAUGAUGAGGAAAUUAUUCCUGAACAAGAAGAAAGCCAACCACUGCCCCCACCUCUUGUUGAAAUAAUAACGGAAAGUCCAGAGCCUCUCCCUCCCCGACCGACGCCACCUCCGAUCAAGCCACUAAUUCCCAUUGCCUGUAAGAAUGAUGACGACUGCACUGUGGAUAACUCCUGCAUCAAUCAAUUGUGUUACGAUGCGUGCAGCCUCGGUCACUGUGGAGCCAAUGCAGACUGUAGAAUAAAUGACCAUCGACCAGUAUGCACCUGUCCUCCAGGAACUGUGGGAGAUCCAACUCAACAGUGUACAGCAACACUCAUUGACCAGCCUACCACACACAUGUCACCUAUAGCAGAUGAAUCACCACUUCCACCAGGUGACCCAGUUAUUCCAGUGGUGGAACCAACAACUCCUGGUGCCCCACCAGUGCCACUGCACCCAGAACCUCGGCCACCAGAGCCUCCACUUGUAAGACCACCGCCACCACCAACGCCAAAGCCUCUGCCAAUUGGCUGUGAGGCAACUACAGACUGUCCAGGGGACAAUUCCUGUGUCAACAAACUUUGCUUGGAUGUUUGUCAUCCAGGCUACUGUGGUGAGAAUGCUGACUGCCACACCAUUGGUCACCGUCCCACAUGUACAUGUCCGCCAGGAACUUCAGGGAACCCAACUAUUAAGUGUUCAGCUCUGCAGGUUGUGACACCAUUACCUCUUCCUCCAAUCAUAGGGGAGUCACCAGAAGUAGAUGACCCAUCCAUUGACCCUAUUGUUGGAUCCACAACUGCACCACCACUUCCUCUGACAGAGCCAACAACACCUACAUCUCCACCACCAACAAUAAUUCGACCACCUCCACCACCAGUUGAUGUAGUGAUCCCAGUGGCAUGUGAAAACAAUGAUGACUGUGAUUCUGGAGACUCUUGCAUCAAUAUGUUGUGCAUUGAUGUUUGUGCCCUUGGUACAUGUGGUGAUGACUCUCAGUGCAGGCCACUGGAUCAUGCACCUGUUUGCCUGUGUCCUUAUGGAACAAGUGGUGACCCACAGGUUGGAUGCACUGCUGUUUCAACGGGAAGAACUAGUACUGUUCCAAGUCCAGUCACUGAAGAGACGGUCAUCAGUGAUGAGCCAGUCUACCCUAUUCCAGGAAUUACAACAUCACCACCACAUCCAGUGACAGAGUUCUCAACACCUCGACCAACACCACCUCCACCAACACGACCUCUACCAGUGAUCACCGAGGCCCCCAAGCCAGUCGGGUGUGAAAGCACCAGCAAAUGUCCCCUUGAUAACAGCUGCAUCAACGAACUUUGUGUGGAUAUUUGUUCCUUCACAGCUUGUGGUGAUAAUGCAAACUGCCAGACAGUGGAUCACAGACCCACAUGUAUAUGUCCACCAGGCACAACUGGAAACCCAACACUUAAAUGCAUUGCCAUUAAGACUGAAACACCAACAACUGUUCAUCCAAUAGCUGAGGAACCAGACCAGCCAGAUGAUGAGGAAAUUAUUCCUGAACAAGAAGAAAGCCAACCACUGCCCCCACCUCUUGUUGAAAUAAUAACAGAAAGUCCAGAGCCUCUCCCUCCCCGACCGACGCCACCUCCAAUCAAGCCACUAAUUCCCAUUGCCUGUAAGAAUGAUGACGACUGCACUGUGGAUAACUCCUGCAUCAAUCAGUUGUGUUACGAUGCGUGCAGCCUCGGUCACUGUGGAGCCAAUGCAGACUGUAGAAUAAAUGACCAUCGACCAGUAUGCACCUGUCCUCCAGGAACUGUGGGAGAUCCAACUCAACAGUGUACAGCAACACUCAUUGACCAGCCUACCACACACAUGUCACCUAUAGCAGAUGAAUCACCACUUCCACCAGGUGACCCAAUUAUUCCCAUGGUGGAACCAACAACUCCUGGUGCCCCACCAUUGCCACUGCACCCAGAGCCUCGGCCUCCAGAGCCUCCACUUGUAAGACCACCGCCACCACCAACGCCAAAGCCUCUGCCAAUUGGCUGUGAGGCAACUACAGACUGUCCAGGGGACAAUUCCUGUGUCAACAAACUUUGCUUGGAUGUUUGUCACCCAGGCUACUGUGGUGAGAAUGCUGACUGCCACACCAUUGGUCACCGUCCUACAUGUACAUGUCCGCCAGGAACUUCAGGGAACCCAACUAUUAAGUGUUCAGCUCUGCAGGUUGUGACACCAUUACCUCUUCCUCCAAUCAUAGGGGAGUCACCAGAAGUAGAUGACCCAUCCAUUGACCUUAUUGUUGGAUCCACAACUGCACCACCACUUCCUCUGACAGAGCCCACAACACCUACAUCUCCACCACCAACAAUAAUUCGACCACCUCCACCACCAGUUGAUGUAGUGAUCCCAGUGGCAUGUGAAAACAAUGAUGACUGUGAUUCUGGAGACUCUUGCAUCAAUAUGUUGUGCAUUGAUGUUUGUGCCCUUGGUACAUGUGGGGAUGACUCUCAGUGCAGGCCACUGGAUCAUGCACCUGUUUGCCUGUGUCCUUAUGGAACAAGUGGUGACCCACAGGUUGGAUGCACUGCUGUUUCAACGGGAAGAACUAGUACUGUUCCAAGUCCAGUCACUGAAGAGACGGUCAUCAGUGAUGAGCCAGUCUACCCUAUUCCAGGAAUUACAACAUCACCACCACAUCCAGUGACAGAGUUCUCAACAUCUCGACCAACACCACCUCCACCAACACGACCGCUACCAGUGAUCACCGAGGCCCCCAAGCCAGUUGGGUGUGAAAGCACCAGCAAAUGUCCCCUUGAUAACAGCUGCAUCAACGAACUUUGUGUGGAUAUUUGUUCCUUCACAGCUUGUGGUGAUAAUGCAAACUGCCAGACAGUGGAUCACAGACCCACAUGUAUAUGUCCACCAGGCACAACUGGAAACCCAACACUUAAAUGCAUUGCCAUUAAGACUGAAACACCAACAACUGUUCAUCCAAUAGCUGAGGAACCAGACCGGCCAGAUGACGAGGAAAUUAUUCCUGAACAAGAAGAAAGCCAAUCACUGCCCCCACCUCUUGUUGAAAUAACAACGGAAAGUCCAGAGCCUCUCCCUCCCCGACCGACACCACCUCCAAUCAAGCCACUAAUUCCCAUUGCCUGUAAGAAUGAUGACGACUGCACUGUGGAUAACUCCUGCAUCAAUCAGUUGUGUUACGAUGCGUGCAGCCUCGGUCACUGUGGAGCCAAUGCAGACUGUAGAAUAAAUGACCAUCGACCAGUAUGCACCUGUCCUCCAGGAACUGUGGGAGAUCCAACUCGACAGUGUACAGCAACACUCAUCGACCAGCCUACCACACAUACGUCACCUAUAGCAGAUGAAUCACUACUUCCACCAGGUGACCCAGUUAUUCCUGUGGUGGAACCAACAACUCCUGGUGCCCCACCAUUGCCACUGCACCCAGAGCCUCGGCCUCCAGAGCCUCCACUUGUAAGACCACCGCCACCACCAACACCAAAGCCUCUGCCAAUUGGCUGUGAGGCAACUACAGACUGUCCAGGGGACAACUCCUGUGUCAACAAACUUUGCUUGGAUGUUUGUCACCCAGGAUACUGUGGUGAGAAUGCUGACUGCCACACCAUUGGUCACCGUCCUACAUGUACAUGUCCGCCAGGAACUUCAGGGAACCCAACUAUUAAGUGUUCAGCUCUGCAGGUUGUGACACCAUUACCUCUUCCUCCGAUCAUAGGGGAGUCACCAGAAGUAGAUGACCCAUCCAUUGACCCUAUUGUUGGAUCCACAACUGCACCACCACUUCCUCUGACAGAGCCAACAACACCUACAUCUCCACCACCAACAAUAAUUCGACCACCUCCACCACCAGUUGAUGUAGUGAUCCCAGUGGCAUGUGAAAACAAUGAUGACUGUGAUUCUGGAGACUCUUGCAUCAAUAUGUUGUGCAUUGAUGUUUGUGCCCUUGGUACAUGUGGGGUUGACUCUCAGUGCAGGCCAUUGGAUCAUGCACCUGUUUGCCUGUGUCCUUAUGGAACAAGUGGUGACCCACAGGUUGGAUGCACUGCCACCUUAACUUCUACCCCUGAAACUGUAGCUCCAGUUACAGUAUCAGUAUCACCCCCUGCUGAUGAGUCCAUUGUAGUAGGUUAUGGUCCCACUUCGACUGCUGCUCCACCUAUUGCAGAAAAAUCAACCCCAAGACCAACCGAUCCCCCUGUCAUUCCACCAGUUAUAGUACCAACCCCUCCACCAGUACCAACUGGUUGCACUGUGAAUAGUGAAUGCCUUCUUGAAAAUACCUGUGUCAAUUCUUUGUGCUUAAAUAUAUGCCAUCCUGGACUUUGUGGCUAUGAUGCUGACUGUCAGACAGUUGGGCAUCGUCCUACUUGCAUAUGUCCUCCAGGUACCACAGGGAAUCCAACAGAAAAAUGUAUUGCACUGGCUACAGAACCUCCUGUCACACUGUCUCCACCAAUAGGAGAAACAUCUCACCUUCCAGAUCCAUUCAUUGUUGCUGGUGUAGGAACAUCAUCAUCUCCUCCUCCUCCUCUUACUGAACUGCCUACCACAAGGCCACCAGAGAUUUCAUCUCCCCGUCCAACAAUUCCUCCUGUUAUUGCUCCUGUUGCCAUAGCUUGUAAAAAUGAUGAUCACUGUCCUGUGGAUAACUCUUGCCUUAAUCAUUUAUGCUAUGAUGUGUGUAGCUUAGGCAUAUGUGGUGAGGAUGCUGAAUGCAAGAUUGACAUUCACCGUCCAGUGUGCAGCUGUCCCCCAGGGACCACAGGGCACCCAACAGUGAAAUGCCAUGCACUCCUUGGAAUUACAACCACCCCAAGUACACCACUGACAGGCACUCCACCUUCACCACUUGAUGAGCCCUUAAUACCUAUCUCACCACCACCCUCCACAAUUCCUCCUCCAACUGCAGAUCACCAACCUCCUCGCCCAUCUCCACCUCCAGUGUCCAGACCCGAACCUCCACCGACUGCUCCACCACAGCCAGUUGGAUGUGAAAGUACAAGCAAUUGCCCACUGGACAAUUCUUGUGUAAAUCAUCUAUGCAUGGAUAUUUGUCAUCCAGGACUCUGUGGAGAAAAUGCCGAAUGCAGCACUAAAUAUCAUAAGGUUCUCUGCACAUGUCCUCCAGGAACAACAGGAAAUCCAACUUUGAAAUGCUCAGCUUUUGUAACAUCUACUCCUCCUCCUCCUGAAGCACCAGUAGUUGAAGAAAAGCCACGUCCUGCUGACAAACCUCUGCAGCCUGUGACUCUUCCAACAUCAACCUUCUUCCCUCCACUAGUUGAGACAUCAUCUCCUGAUCCAAUUCCAAUCACCACUACUAUGAUACCUCCUGCCAUCAUUCCAUUAACACCUGUUGCCUGCAAGAAUAAUGAUGACUGUGGUACUGACAAUUCUUGUAUAAAUCUCUUGUGCUACAAUGUAUGUGGCCUUGGAAUUUGUGGAGAGAAUGCAGACUGCAAGACUGGUAAGCAUCGGCCUGUGUGUGUUUGUCCACCAGGUACUACUGGAGAUCCACAAAUACAUUGCUCAGCAAUUAUGGUGGAUACUACUACUCACCCUCCACCCACUGGAUUUACCACUGAACAUUCAGACCAUCCAUUAGUACCAGUUUUAGAACCAACUACAUCAUCUAUGGCUCCUCCAAUCAUAGAGACUGUACCACCUCAAGUGAAGGAGCCAACUCCUCCUCCACCACCACCCAUCACAGAUGCUCCAUUACCUGCUGGCUGUGCUACGAGUACAGAGUGUUCUUUUGAUGAAAAAUGCUAUAAUUCUUUAUGUGUGAAGGUGUGCAGUCUCUUCCCAUGUGACAAAGAUCCUGAUUGCUAUGCACAUAUACAUGAAGCAAUAUGCACCCUUCCAACACCUAUUGCUGAAGUACCUGAAUGCAGAGUAGACCAAGAUUGCUUCACAACACAGAUGUGUAUUACCAAUGUGUGUCGAGAAGUCUGUAUAGUCAGUAACCCUUGUGCACCCAUGGCUGUGUGCAGUGGUGAGAACCAUCGUCCUCAGUGUAACUGCCCUCCUGGAUAUAUUGGUAACCCAUUUAUUUCUUGCCGUCUUCCACAACCACCUACACCACGUCCUCAGCCCACACCUCAACCAGAAUGCCUUGUAGAUAAUGACUGUGACUAUCACCUCGCUUGUAUCAAUGAACAAUGUCUCGACCCUUGCCUCAACAGGCAAGUGUGUGGCACAAAUGCAAAAUGUAUAGUGAGAAUCCAUACACCAAUGUGUAUUUGCCAGCCAGGUUAUACUGGCAACCCUUAUGUCCAGUGCAAUGAACCUUCUACUCCUGGCCCCACUACCCCUCUGCCAGAACUUAAACCACAGUGUAUACGAAAUGAAGAUUGCCCCUACAAUCGUGCAUGCUACAGCAACAACUGUAGGAAUCCCUGUGUGGUCGCCAACCCAUGUUCCCCCACAGCAGUGUGUGAUCCUGUGCAACAUCGAGCAGUGUGCUCUUGUCCUCCACCUUUGUCUGGCAACCCCUAUCUUCAGUGUAUUACCAUAGAGGUAACCACACCCAAACCAGACUGCCUGGUGGAUGAUGAGUGCAGUGACAAACUGGCGUGUAUUCAGCAACAGUGUCAAGAUCCAUGUGUUCUUUAUGACAACUGUGCCCCUAAUGCAGAGUGUCAUGUUACCCAACAUAGAGCGGUGUGCUCUUGUCCUGAUGGUUAUGUCGGAAACCCCAACAUCCAGUGUCUUGUAGCUGGGUGUCGAGCAAACUCUGACUGUCCUGUCCUGCAAGCCUGCAUCAACAGAAAGUGUGAAGAUCCAUGUGAUUACGAAACAUGUGGUACAAAUGCAGAGUGUCGGGUUGUGAAUCAGCGUGCCCAGUGCUUCUGUCCUGAAUAUUUCUUGGGUGAUCCAAACGUACAAUGUGAGCAGCCUGAUUGUAUAAAAGACUCUGACUGCCCGUCAUGGCUUGCAUGUAUCAGACAAGAAUGUCAAGACCCUUGCAACUGUGGUCCUCAAGCUGAAUGCAGAGUUAUCAACCACCGUCCUAUGUGUACCUGUCCUCCAGGAUAUGAAGGAGAUGCUAAUAUUGGCUGCACCAUAAAACCUGAACGAGAGCCACCUGUUGGGUGCAGGACUGAUGGAGAGUGUCGCAGCAAACUUGCCUGCUUCAAUGGUGAAUGUGAUGAUCCCUGCAAGAUAAUACAACCUUGUGGUUUGAAUGCCAAAUGUAGAGUCAUCGACACACUGCCAUUCAGGACCAUGACUUGUGCAUGCCUACCAGAUUUCACUGGCAACGCCUACAUAGAAUGUACACCACGUCCAACGGAACUUCCUGGGUGCACAACUGAUGAUGAAUGUCCACCAAGAGAGGUGUGUCGCAAUAGACAGUGUCUGGAACCUUGUAGUGUACUCAACCCAUGUGCACCAAAUGCUAAAUGUCAGGUUAUAGACCGACAGGUUAAGUGCAGUUGCCCACCAGACUACACAGGAAAUCCCUAUGUAAACUGUUAUCAAACUAAAGAAGAACCAGAGUGCCGCGAUGAUUCUGACUGUCCAUACAGUGAAGCCUGCAUAAAUGAGGCAUGUGCAGAUCCCUGUCUGGUAGAAGAUCCUUGUGGUAAGGAGGCUCUUUGUCGCACUCAACAGCAUCGCCCAGUAUGUUACUGUCCUGAGGGAUGGGCUGGCAACCCGCAAACUGAGUGCUUUAAACCGCAAUGCGUGAUUGACGAUGAUUGUCCAGUGGAUAGAACGUGUAUCGACCAGAACUGUGUGAAUCCCUGCUCCUAUAGAGGCCCUGCCUGUGGCACCAAUGCUGAGUGUCGGCCAAUCUUGCACCGAGCUCAGUGUUACUGCCCCCCGGGAAUGCAAGGCAAUCCUACCUUGGCUUGUGUCACUGUUGGCUGCACCUCAAAUGAUGAUUGUGCUGAUGAUAAGGCCUGUGACUACCAGAACCAUGUCUGUGUCCCUGUGUGCGAAGCAACCACCUGUGCUCCACAGGCUGAAUGUCGUGCUGCCAACCAUGCAGUUAUGUGUGUGUGUCCUCCUCCCCUCAGAGGCAAUCCAUAUCUUCAGUGUUAUGAAGUUCGGGAUCCACUGCCAACACUACCAGAACCAUAUUGUCGACAAGAUUCAGACUGUCCAUCAGCCCAGACCUGUAUUAAUGCUUUGUGCCAAAACCCAUGUGCUCUUGACUCUCCUUGUCUGCAAUCUCAGGAAUGUCGAGUGUUGGAUGCUGUGCCAUUAAGAACAAUAGUGUGUCAGUGCCCACCAGAUUAUAUACUAAUGGCAGAUGGCAGUUGUAAAAAGCCAGGUGUGGAGCCACGCUGUGAUGAAGAUGAAGACUGUGCUACACAUGAAUCUUGCAAGGAAGGAAACUGUAUCAGUGUGUGCCAUCUUGAUCCAUGUGGACUUAAUGCUAUUUGCACAGGGGUCAAUCACAGAUCCCAGUGUGAGUGCAUCUUUGGCUUCACUGGUGAUGCUCAAGUGGAAUGCCAACGACAACCUCCAGUCACAGAAGUAUAUCCACAGUGCUUCAGUAAUGAUGACUGUGAUGACACCCUUGCUUGCAUUAAUGAACGUUGCAUCAGUCCUUGUAUUGCUGAUCGUCCAUGUGGACUUGAUGCUUUCUGUCACGUCCACAAUCACCAGGCAGUAUGUAGAUGCCCACUAGGCUUUACUGGGGACCCAGAAGUUCAGUGCCAACCAGCUGUGCCUGAUGUGGUGGCUGGAACUAACUGGACAAUAGGUGGAGAGGGCCAGAUCUGCCACUCCCACUCAGACUGUAGUCCUUCCCAUUGGUGCCAGGGAGGUAGAUGCUCUCUCCUCUGCCCACACUCUUGUCCCCCCACUGCUCAUUGUCAAGUGGUGCAACAGCGCGCAGUGUGCUCUUGUCCCGCAAAUACUCAAGGAGACCCACACAUCUCCUGCUCUCCAAUUGGAUGCCAGACAGACUCAAACUGCCCCUACAAUGAAAAAUGCUACAAUGGCAUUUGCUAUGAUCCAUGUCAGGUGGAUCAACCCUGUGCUCCAACAGCCACCUGCAUCACAGUUAGUCAUACUGCAAAGUGCUCCUGUAAGCCAGGCCACAUAGGUGAUCCCACAUUACUGUGUCAAAGCCUGAACUGCACCUCCAGCAAGGAAUGCCCUUCAGAUCAGACAUGCUAUCGUGGAGCAUGUAUAGAUCCUUGUAUACUGGUACCUUACUGCAAGAAUGGACCUUUCUGCAUCACCCAAGACCACAUCUGUACUUGUGCCCCACCCUUAGUAGGUGAUCCGCACAUUAACUGUUCAAAACCACUUGUAGAUGAAUGCUUCACUGAUCUAGAAUGUGUAGAAGGACAUGGUUGUGUUGAUAAAAAAUGUGAAAAUCUAUGUUUGUACACAAAUCCAUGUGGUAAAGGAGCUGUAUGCCGGGUGGUGGAUAUGUCUCAACUCCGUACGGUAGUAUGUGAGUGUCCCCCAGGAUAUGUUCAAAGUACCCACCAUGAGUGCAUUAGAGCUGAAAAAGAAAAAGAAGGAUGCCAAUAUGACAGUGACUGUCCCAUUUUCCAUGCUUGCAUUGGAGGCCAUUGUAGUGAUCCAUGUGAAAAAAGUUGUGCUGCUGGUGCAGAGUGUCGGGCCAUCAACCACCGCCCCAUCUGUUACUGUCCUCCAAGCUACAUGGGAGAUGGCUAUGAUCAUUGCUUACCUCCAGAGUGCAUACAUGACAGUGACUGUUCCAAUGAAACUGUCUGUCUGAAAAGCAAGUGUACAGAUAUUUGCAAGGUGGCAAACCCUUGUGGUUCUCAUGCUAAAUGUCACAUAAUUAGGCAUACCACAAAAUGUACUUGUGAACCUGGAUUCACAGGAAAUCCAGAUUUGGGCUGCAACAAAAUAGACUGCUUUAAGGAUUCUGAUUGCCCACCCACCCUAUCCUGCCUUGAAGCCAGCUGUUUGGACCCCUGUCAUACCAACAAUCCCUGCAGCACUACUCAGACCUGUAGUGUUGUAGAUCAUCAAGUAAAGUGUUCCUGUUCAGAAGGCCACACACUCAACAGUGUAGGAAGAUGUGUGCCUCUUGUUUCCUCUCCAUCUUGCACCUCUGAUCCAGAUUGUCAACUGGGAGAAGCUUGCCUUGAUGGGACCUGUCAGGACCUUUGCAAAAGAACUCCAUGUGGAAAUCAAGCAACUUGUGUAGCUCAACUAAGGCAUGGUUUUGCUACCAUGAGUUGCCAGUGUGGACCCAGCAUGACAGGAGAUCCCUUCAAGGAGUGUAUUACAAUCCCUACUCCAGGCUGUACUUCCCAUCAAGACUGCCCUUGGAAUCAAAUGUGUUUGGAAGAUGAAUGCAGAGAUGCCUGCAAGAAUAAUCCCUGCGGUCCAGGUGCCACAUGCCGUAGCACAGGUCAUCGUGCCAUCUGUACUUGUAUUGCUGGUUAUCAAGGAGAUCCACUUCUUAAAUGUACUCCAGUUGGGUGCCGACAGAAUGGAGAUUGUCCACCUGAACAUGCAUGUGUAAAUGGUCAUUGCAAGAAAGCAUGUGAAGCUGACAAUCCUUGUGGAUAUGCUGCCAAGUGUCAAUCAUCAAGUCUAGGUCCUGUCUGCUUAUGUCCUGAAGGCUUUGCUGGUGAUCCCUAUGUAAAAUGUCAACCUAUAGGGUGUUCACAAGAUUCAGAAUGCCCAAGCAAUCAUCAGUGCUUAAAUCAAAAGUGUCAAGAUUCUUGUAGCCAGAUAAGCUGUGUUACCAAUGCUGAGUGUCGUGCCACAGACCAUGUGGCAAAGUGUUAUUGUCAAGCAGGUUACAAGGGUGAUCCUGAUCAUUACUGCUCACUGAUCCCUGUACCAGACUGUAAACUAGAUCAUGACUGUUCAGACUCACAAGGAUGUCUAGAUGGACGCUGUGUGGACUUGUGUGAAGAAUUACAGCCAUGCAGUUCUGGUGCUGUGUGCCAGGUUCUGAACACCAGACCUGUAAAAGCAAUGUCAUGCAUUUGCCCUGCUGGCUACAGUGGAGACCCUCAGUUUGCUUGUGUCCCAGAUCAAUUUGACAGAGAAGGAGGCUGUAAGAGUGACUUUGACUGCCCACUGGUAUUGGCAUGUGAAGCAGGGAUAUGUCGUAAUCCAUGCCCUGCUGGAUGUGGACCAGGUGCCCUCUGUACAACCCAAAACCACCGUCCUGUGUGUCACUGCCAGCCUGGUUAUGCUGGAAAUCCUCAAAUAGGUUGUACUAAAAUUGACUGUGAAGAAGAUUCCAGUUGUCCAGACUCUGAAAUAUGCAAGCAUCAUGUAUGCAUGGAUCCCUGUAAAGAGGACAAUACCUGCCCUCCAAGUGCUGUGUGUGUGAGCACCAACCACCAAGCACAAUGUGAGUGUCCUCCAGGCACCACAGGAAAUCCUAAACACUCAUGCCAGAUAGUGGAAUGUGUCAACAAUAAUGACUGUAGAAACUUUGAGGCCUGUGUUAAUGGUGAGUGCAAAGACCCUUGCACCUAUUAUAAUCCCUGUGCAAAGGAUGCCUCUUGUCGUGUAGUUGAUCACACUUAUAAAUGUUACUGUUUACCUGGCCUUACUGGUGAUCCACGAUUCAACUGUGAGGAACCCAAGGACCCCAGUUCUUGCAUAAUGGACCAGGACUGUAUAUCCACCCAUGGAUGCAUCUUGGACUCGCUAGUAACUCGUUAUCAUAACAAAGUUUCUGCAGUAUACAUCCGCCAGGAUGACACUGAUUCAGGUGCUUCAUGCCGUGACCUAUGUCGGGAGCACAAGCCUUGUGGACCAAAUGCUGUCUGCUCUGUAAUAGACUCCACUCCACGUAGAUCAAUGAGCUGCACUUGUCCACCAGGAUAUCACGGUGAUGCCAAGAUUGAAUGUCGUUCAAUACCAUCACAAGGAGGCUGCACCCAGCACUCAGAUUGCCUAUUCAGUGAAGCAUGUAUUGAAGGCCUGUGUAGUGACCCUUGCCAUUGUGGUAUCAACGCGGAAUGUUACGUCUCACAACAUCGACCUUACUGUACCUGUCCUCCAUCCUACACUGGCAAUCCCAAUGUGGCAUGUUACAGAGUGGAAUGUGUCAACGAUAUUGACUGUCCAAAUGACAGAGCAUGUGUAUCACAAAAGUGCAUAGACCCAUGCUUACAAGACUCCCCAUGUGCAUCAUCUGCAAAGUGCUCUGUAAAUCAACAUGAAGUGGAGUGUUCUUGCUCUUCUGGUGAACAUGGUGAUCCUAAAGUGGCAUGUCUUGCCAUUGGCUGUUUAAGCAAUGAUGAGUGUCCCCCAGAACGUGCCUGCAUAAACCAAAAGUGCCAGGAUCCUUGCAAGCCUAAUCCAUGUGGCCUUGGUGCCCUUUGCAUCAACCAAGAUCACAAUUUCACAUGCUCUUGCCCUCUAGGGCAUCACGGCCGUCCUACCAUAGCCUGCCGUCCCCCAGUUACUGCAUGUGUUGUAGAUCAGGAUUGUGGAAUAGGUUUGGUGUGUGUGUAUGGGUUAUGUACUGACCCAUGUAAGGAAGAAAGGCCUUGUGCACAAAAUGCUAACUGCAAUGUUCAAGAAAUACGACCCAUCAAAUCUGUGACCUGCACCUGUCCUCCAGGGUUCAAAGGCGACGCUCAAGUUCAGUGCCGCAGAAUAAUUGAGGAGCCUCCAGUGGGAUGCUCAGAUGACAGCCAGUGCCCAGACCUGCUGGCUUGCCUGGAGGGACACUGUCUUGAUCCCUGUGACUGUGGAGAGAAUGCCAUCUGUCAAAUUGUUAACCAUCGUGCAGUGUGUUCCUGUGCCUCAGACUAUUCAGGAGAUCCCUAUACUUCUUGCUACCCUCUAAUUGUUUGUGAGCACAAUGAGGAUUGUCCAUCCUCCCUCAACUGUAUUAAUGGACAAUGUAAGGAACCAUGCUUGGUCAACAAUCCAUGUGAUAGAAGUGCCCUGUGUUUUACUGACAAACACAAAGCCGAAUGCCGUUGUCCACCUGGAUUGGAGGGAGACCCUUACAUCGGAUGUGAAACUCGCAAAUGUGACAAGGACAAUGACUGUCCACAAGAUCAUACUUGUUUGGAGAAUAACUGUGUUGAUCCAUGUGCACAAACCAAGUGUGCUCCUGGAGCCAUUUGCAUCCCCAAGGGUCAUCAAGGGAUAUGUCAGUGCCCAGCAGGGUAUGGAGGUGAUCCUGCAAUUAAGUGUGAACAAACGCAAGAGCCAGCCUGCACGAGUGACCAAGAGUGCAUGGUGGGCCUGGUCUGCUCCAACCAUCAAUGUCAGGAUCCCUGUAUCUCACAUGUGUGUGGAAAUAAUACUUAUUGCCAAGUUGUUGAGUCAGUGCCACUCAAGACCAUGGUUUGCAAGUGUUCACCUGGUUUCCAGGGUGAUCCUCUAAUACAGUGCAGGCAAAUUCCAGUGGAAGCCUUCUGUGUACGUGAUGCAGACUGUGCUCUUGAAUUGGCAUGUAUGGGAGGCAAGUGCCAGGAUCCCUGCAACUGUGGAGAAAAUGCCUUCUGUAAUGUCAUUGAGCACAGGCCUAUCUGUACCUGCCAGCCAGGUUAUGAGGGAGAUCCAGAGAUUGCUUGUACAACUAUUGGAUGCAUCAGCGAUACCCAGUGUUCAGAUGAUCGUCUGUGUUAUGAAAACAACUGCAUCAGCCCAUGUAUCCUUGAUAAUCCAUGUGCUCCACAUGCUGAAUGCCAUGCUGCUGCUCACAAAGCUGUAUGUCUGUGUCCCUCUGGUUAUGAUGGUAACCCUCUCAAGGAAUGCAAAAUUGCUGGCUGCACCACAAAUAGUGACUGUCCAUCUGAUCGCAUGUGCCUUAAUGGCCGUUGUCUUGAUCAGUGUAUUUACAACAACAAGUGUGCCCCUGAAGCACAAUGCCGUAGCAUAAACCACCAAACUGAGUGUCGUUGUCCUGCUGGUUUAUCAGGUGACCCAACUAUUGCUUGCUUUGAAACAAAGCAGCCAGUUUGUCACUCGGACUAUGACUGUGAUGUAGAUUUUGCCUGCAUGGAUGGUCUAUGCCAACAACCAUGUAAACUAUUAGACCCAUGCCAAGAGCCAACAGUUUGUCAACUGGUCCCCACUCGUCCUCUGAAGACUAUGACUUGCACCUGCCCCAAUCACAUGGUCACUUCACACCACGGACAAUGUGUUGACUUGGAAACACAUAUGAGUGUUGGCUGCCGUGCCAACAGUGAGUGUCCCAGGGACACUGCUUGUCUCAAUACCCGCUGUGUCAAACCUUGUGACUGCGGUGAACACACCGAGUGCUACGUGAUUGACCACCGUCCCAUCUGUACCUGUCUUCCGGGCUAUCAGGGCAAUCCCAACCUUGGCUGCUAUGAAGUUGGCUGCACUCAGGAUGAAGAAUGCCCCCAAGAUAAGAUGUGCCACAGUGGUGUUUGCAUUAAUCCCUGUAGUGUGAAUGAUCCUUGUGCCAUCAGUGCUGAAUGCUAUCCAGAACAACAUCGUGCCAAGUGUCGCUGUCCACCUGGAUUAGAAGGUGAUCCUUUCCUGGAAUGCAGAUUAGUAGGAUGCAGGAGCAAUUCUGAAUGUCCCACAACUAAGGCAUGCCUCAAUCGCAAAUGUGUAGAUCCAUGUCUCUACAACAAUGAAUGUGCUCCUAAUGCUGUUUGUCAUGUGUUCCAACACAUGACUUAUUGUCAUUGUCCUCUGGAUAUGCCAUUUGGUGAUCCUGUGGUCAUGUGUAAAGAUGCUCCACCAAUAGCUGACCCUCCAAAACCUAAGUGUUUGGUGGAUGCCGACUGCCCUAGUAAAAGAGCAUGUAUUGACGAAUACUGUGUCAACCCUUGUCACACUUUAAACCCAUGUGAUGAGACUGCUCAGUGUGAUGUCACAGAUUCACUACCAGUGCGAACUAUGAUCUGCAUUUGUGUUGAAGGCUCUGUAAGAACUGAUGAAGGAACAUGUAAAGAAGUAGAGAUUCCCAUCUCACCUGGCUGCCAAGCUAACUCUGAGUGCCCUGAAGAGGAGGCUUGCAUCAAUCGCUUAUGCCGUACACCAUGUGACUGUGGACCAUAUUCAGAGUGUGAAGUAAUGAAUCACCACCCAGUGUGUACCUGUCAAGUUGGAUAUCAGGGCAAUCCUGAUAUCAGCUGUUUCCCCAUAGGAUGCCAACAAGAUUCAGACUGUGAAGACCAUCAAGCUUGUUAUGAUGGUGUAUGUGCUAAUCCUUGUUUGGUCAAUGAUCCCUGUGCCACCAAUGCUGAGUGUUAUGCAGAGGGACACCAAGCCCACUGUCGUUGUCCUUCUGGACUACAGGGUGAUGGCUAUGUUGAAUGCCUAAUUGUUGGAUGCAGAGCUAACUCAGAAUGUCCUAGUGAUCGGGCUUGCAUUAAUACACAGUGUGUUGAUCCUUGCUUAUUUGACAAUCCCUGUGCUCCUAAUGCAGAGUGUAUUAAUAAGGACCAUCAAGCUCUCUGUCGCUGUCCUCCUGGCACCUUUGGGGACCCCAGCCAACAGUGCUUGCCUGUCCCUCAACCUGAUUGUGUGUCUGAUACUGAUUGCCCUAGUCAGCAUGCCUGCAUUAAUGAGAAAUGUGUCAACCCAUGUAAAGUGCUGGAACCAUGUCACGAAAAUACUGAGUGUCAAGUUAUUGACACUAUCCCUGUACGGACAAUGAUAUGCAUUUGUCCUGAUGGAAUGGUAACAGAAAUUGGAGGAGAAUGCAAGCAUGUGCCAGUAAUUAAGCCAAUAUGUGAGGUAAACUCUGAGUGCCCUUCAGACAAAGCUUGUUUCACCAACUUUUGUAAAGACCCUUGUCAAUGUGGUGCCAAUGCCAAUUGCGAGAUAGUGGAACAUCAUCCUCUCUGCACUUGCAAGCGUGGUUAUGAAGGUGAUCCUGAGAUUGGUUGUUAUGAAAUAGGGUGUUAUGGUACUGAUGACUGCCCAACCACACAUGUAUGUCGCAAUGGCCAAUGUGCUCCAGUGUGUGGCCCUAACAACGAGCCCUGUGGUCGGGAUGCUAUAUGUCAGGGUGUUGAACAUGAAGCAGUCUGCUACUGCCCACCUGGUUCACAAGGUAAUCCUCGCACACAAUGCCUUGCUAUUGGCUGCGUCUCAGAUGAUGCUUGCCCUGAUGACCGCAGUUGCAUCAACCAACGCUGUGAGUCUCCAUGUGCUCUGGACCCUUGUGUAAAGCCUGCUGAAUGUCAAGUCUUUGGUCACACUCCAGAUUGCCCAUGCCCACCUGGCUUCAACAGGACUCUAGAUAAUGGCUGUGAAAUGAUCAUUGUUGGAUGCCGUACAGAUGGAGACUGCCCUAGUCAGACUGCAUGCAUCAAUGAAAAAUGUAUCGACCCAUGUUCCCUAGAACCCUGCACAGAAAACACAGAAUGCCGCAUGAUUGAUACAAUUCCUGUCAGGACCAUAGCUUGUGAAUGUCUUCCAGGAUAUCAGGGUGAUGCUUUGGACAAAUGUAUCCCAAUUCCAGUGUGCCCAUUCGAAAAGGGCUUUGUCCUGACAGAAGAUGACCGCUGUGUGUGUCCAGAAGAACGAGGCUUUUAUGUGGAUGAAAAUGGCAAUUGCCAGCGAUGUCCAGUUGAAGUGGGCUUUGUACUUACUGAGGAUGGCAGGUGUAUUUGUGACCCAGAGAAAGGCUACAUAUUAACACAUGAUGGCAUCUGUGACUGUCCAAUUACCCAUGUGAAAAGUGAUGAUGGCACUUGCGUUAUUCGCACAGAGCCACCACCACCUGCUGGGUGCACCAUCGAUGAAGAAUGCCCAACCGACAAAGCCUGUGACCGAGGCAACUGUGUGCCACCAUGUGGCUUUGAUCCAUGUGCCAAGGCUGCUAUAUGUGUCAACAUGAACCACCGUGCCAACUGCACUUGUAUUGCUGGCUACUCUGGGGACCCUUACAAAGAAGAUGGCUGCAAAGAAUUACCCUUCUGGAGAACAGACUUCCCUCGUCCUGAGAUGCUGGUUAACUGUCUGGCUGAUGGUGUACAGGUUGACAUCAACAUUGACCCAGCAUUCAAUGGUGUCAUGUAUGUUAAAGGAUACUCCAAGAAUGAGGAGUGUCGCAGGGUGAUGAGGCCUGAUGUAGACACAGAAACCAUUGACUUCAAAGUCAAGUUCAACACCUGUGGUUUGGUACAUGAAAAUGGUCUGGCAAGGUUCAUCUUGGUGCUGCAGAAACAUCCAAAGCUAGUAACAUACAAGGCCCAAGCAUACCAUGUCAAGUGUACCUACAAUACAGGAGAGAAAACCAUCACCAUUGGCUUCAAUGUAUCAAUGUUAACAACUGCUGGAACAAUAGCCAACACUGGACCACCUCCCACCUGCCUCAUGAAAAUUACUGACCCAGAUGGAGACAGCAUUAACAAAGCAGAGAUUGGUGAUCUGCUUAUGCUUAGAAUUCAAGUAGAGCCAUCAAAUAUCUAUGGUGGAUAUGCAAGAAACUGUAUCGCCCUAACUGCCAAUACUGAUGGGACUGACAAUGAGCAUCUUGUGACUGAUGAGCAUGGAUGUGCAACAGACCCAUCCAUCUUUGGUGAAUGGGAACUAGAUGAAGAUGGAAAAAUACUAGUUGCCAUAUUCAGUGCCUUCAAAUUCCCAGCUUCCAAUUCUAUACGCUUCCAGUGCAAUGUCAGAGUCUGCUUUGGGCGAUGUCAUCCUGUCAACUGCAAUGGUUAUGAUGCCUUUGGCAAGCGUCGUCGUCGAGAUGUUAAUAAUGAUGCUGAGGUGUUAUACCAGCCUGAGGCUGUUUAUGAUGGCCAGUUAAGGGAAAUUGAAGUCCAAUCUCAGUCUAUCUUUACUGUGGAAACUAGAACAGAGAGAUUCACUGCUCCUCAAGAAGAGGUCCUUGUCCCAGAGGAAGUAUGUGUUAGUAAAUGGGGAUUCAUCAUUGCCCUCAUCAUCACAGCCCUGUUAGCCUUAGUGGCAGUUGCAGUGGCUGUUUCAUGCUGGUUAAUGGCAUACAGACGUCGUCCAAAACACGGUGGCCCACUUCCUCAUCCACCCGAGUUCCCCAACCCUCUCUUCACCACACCUGAGCCCCUUGCAGAACCCUCUCCGGACUACCUGUCCUGAGGAGUAGAAACCACUAAGUGAAUUACUAAUUACUGUGAUUUUUUCUCAUGUACACAAAUGAGCCUUGUGCUCCUUCAUCACCAUUGAGCGUCUGUUUUUCAUAAUGUCCUAUGACACUGACUUUUACAGAGUUUUGUGAAAAAAAAGUGAGAUAUAGUGUGGCAAGAGAGUACCCAAGGUGUAUGUUCCCUUAACACAACCUUGUCCUAAGUUUAGCAGAAAUCACUUAGGGAAUGAACACUAAGGAUGCUACCUAGUCACACGUGUGUGAGUGUGUUGCAAUUGUAUGUGUACAUGUGUUGCGUUUGUAUGUGUGCGUGCACGCUAUUUAAAUAAUAAUGGACAUUGUCUUUUUUUUUUUUAUGUAUAAUUUGUUGUACAAAGCAGUAUGUAAUUUACUGAUAAUGUCCAUGGAUCUAAGUUAAAUGAGGCAUCUUGGGCAUCAUUUUUGGCCGGACCAAACGGUGGCAUGUAGUCCCCAUUGACCUAAAUGGAGCCCUGAGUGUGGCAGCCUUCAAAAGGUAACUCUUAUUAGCUCAUCAAUACUCCAAAGACUCAAGUUUGUACUUAUUCUAUUAAGAACAAUUAUGUAAUGCAUAAGUUUAUAACAGGCUAGUGCACCUGGACAUGUCCCUGUUCUGUCCAGCUUCUUCAUGUGUCAAAAGUAAUGUGGAGAGUUAGUAUUAGGCUUUGUGUGUGUGUGUGUGUGUGUGUGUGUGUGUGUGUGUGUGUGUGUGUGUGUGUGUGUGUGUGUGUGUGUGUGUGUGUGUGUGUGUGUGUGUGUCCUGAGCCAGAUAACGUAAUAACUCUUCAUAUUACAAUGUAUAAAGUUGGUCUGUCAUGGCGGCUAUGGGGAGUCACAGAUGGUUCAUGACAGCAUGAGUGCUGUGUUAGAGGUUAGUGAUGUCCAAAGUAAUAUUUACAGAUGCACAAUGGGUUGAUCUCCCCCUAUCUACUUGACAGUACCUUGUAGACAAUUAAAUAGUACUUUGUUAUGUAUCUUGUGCAUGUAGGUGCUCCAGACACAGUUUAAUAUACCUAUCAACCUGAAAACAGGCAGGAAUCAUGUCAGAAUAACAAUCAUCCAGUUAGUGAGAGGCAGUGGUGAAAGCUGGACUUCAGAAAAUGUAUGCACUUUUUAAGCUUUACUAUGCCACUGUCCCUUGAGAGUCUCCAAAUUCUGGCUGUUAUAAAAAAAAUUUGAUAACUGAGCUAAGUUUAGAAGAUGUAUGUAUGAAAAAUAACCAAUAUGUUCAGUAGCUCAUAAAAUGAUUAAAUUUCAGCCAUAAAAGUUUUGCCAACUCUUUUUUGUAAUUUUCACUAACAUAAGAACCAAGGCAAGCCACUUGUGGUAUUCUGUAUGUAACUUACUUGAAUGGACUUUAACAAAGGCAUAUUUCUUCACUUGUUAUACUUGUACUGUGAUCUGUGCGUUGGUGCUUGCUUUAAGCCAAUAUGCCUUUGUUUGACUCAUGGGUAAUCUUCUAUAUAGUUUUUAUUCUUAGAAAUUGUCAAUCACUGGUGAUGGGACCUAAAAGAAAGUAAAAAAAUCAGUCUUGCUGUCAAAAUGUAACAGUUAACAUGGUGAUGGGUGUCUACUGGGGUAUCCAGCACACAUGGCUUGCCUUGUCUUUUCCUGAUAACUUUGUAUUUUGUUUUUCAUGCUUUAAACUUUUUAAUAUCAUCUCGCCUGUAAUAUACACCUGUUAUCUAAUAAAGGAUUUGGAACAAUAA